AUGAAUAGUAGUAAAACAUCAAAUUAUGUCAUGUUUGCUGGUACGGCAGAUGGUAUAUUGCUCCCACCUUUUACUGUUUAUAAGGCAAAAACAAUAUCUGACAGUUGGCGCUUAGGUGGUCCAAAAGGAUCAAGAUAUGCAUCAAGCCAAUCUGGAUGGUUUGACAGUUACUCAUUUGAUGACUGGAUUAAAAGUAUUGCUAUACCAUACUUGAAAAAAUUACCUGGGAGAAAGAUAUUAAUUGGUGACAAUUUAUCCAGUCACAUUUCAAUGGAAUCAAUUAAAGCUUGUAAAGAACAUAAUAUUUCAUUUGUUUUUUUACCUGCAAACUCUACUCAUUUUACCCAGGCACCCAGCCACUUGAUGUUGCCUUUUUAG